GGGUUUUCCGUAGGAAAAUUUUCCCAAUACUGAGGAAUGAAGAAUUGUACACGAAAACCCUAACCCAAAGCAUAUCCUCCUUCGAUCUCGCUCCGCUGUCCGUACAGAAAUUCUCCUCCUCUGAAUUCUACCUAGGGUUUCAAUUUCUGAUUUCUCCUUUCUUCUCCUGUAGCUUUAACAGUAUCCGAUUGCUGAAACCGGGUUGGGCGCUACAUCGGUGGAAUUCACAAUGCCGCCGUUUAUGUCGACCUCGAAGGCGGUGGGAAACCUGAUAUUGCGUAAAAAUGGCGUUAGACAUUUGAUUAGGCAGGCCAAGAGCGAUGGUGGCUUGCAGAAAUUCAAUCAGUUUCGGUGUUUUAGUAGCAUUGCAGGUAUUCAAAUGCCUUCGGUACAGAAAUUGAUUGGUUCGAGCAGAGAGGAUGUUAAUUUUUCAUUUGGAAGCUUGUGUUAUGGCAAUACCGUGCAAAGGAGGAGGUUUCUAGGCUGCGGUGAUGGCGAAGAAGGCGGUAUCUUAUCCAGAGUUUACGAGGAGAGGCUCGUCAUGGGGUAUUCUCCAGAACAACUAUUUGAUGUGGUUGCAGCUGUUGACUUGUAUCAUGGAUUUGUCCCUUGGUGUCAGAGGUCUGAGAUACUUAAAUGGUAUCCAAAUGGGUCAUUUGAUGCUGAGCUGGAGAUUGGUUUUAAGUUUCUUGUUGAGAGUUAUGUUUCCCAUGUGGAAUUAGAAAGACCAAAGUUUGUAAAGUCAACUGUGUCAGAGAGUGGCCUUUUUGAUCAUUUGAUAAACAUCUGGGAAUUUAAUCCUGGACCAGUUCCGGGGUCUUGCAGCCUUUACUUUCUUGUGGACUUUAAGUUCCAGUCACCACUUUACAGACAGGUGGCAACCGUGUUUUUCAAAGAGGUAGUCUCUCGAUUGGUUGGCUCAUUCAGUGAUCGUUGUCGCUUAAUCUAUGGGCCUGGAGUUCCGGUACUUGAAAAUUCUUAUGAACAAAAGGCAUGAGUAUUCACUUCACAUUUCAUUUAGCCAGACAAAGUCACACCGCAAAACUUUCUUGCAGUUAAGCACUUACAGAGUUAAAAAUGAAAUGUUUCUGUCAUGGCUACUGCACAGCUUUAGUUUUGUAUGCUGCAUAGCCAUCAAUCAUUUUUCAGGUUGUAUUGUUAAUGCUUUAAGUCUCUGCCUCAAGCCACAUUAGGCAUUCUUUUUCUCUUGUUUUUCAUUGACAUAUUAUUGGAUCACAAUUCAUUGUCACUUCAUACCUUUUAUGUGUGCAGUCAAGAAGCUAAGCAAAUU